UGCCCGAAGCGACGGGGACGGGAAGCGGAAUCUUGGCGUUGAGUUGACCCCGGCAUGUGGUGGUGCUUCGGCCGGAGUCGACCGGCCUGGCGGAAGUUCGCCGUUUCUUUUACCUCCGUGCCUGCCGCCCGUUCGCGAUGCGGAGGGCAAACCGUGCCGCGACGUUGGCUCAGCAGCCAGCCGGAUUUGCGCGAGCUGUUCGCCAGACCGGCGCUUCGGCGCUUCCUGGACCAGCAUUCCGGGCCAGAAGAGCAGCCCGGCGGCUUCCGUUCGGCACUGGCGGCGCGGAUUCGCCUCUUGAGAGACAAGGAAGAGGAGCUGCGCGAGACGGAGCGCUUGGCGCGAGAAGAUGAAAAUGAAGACUUGCGGAAGCUUGCAGAAAAGGAAGUUAUUUACUGUGAGGAAGAGAUAGAAGAAUUGAGACAUCAGAUAGUAUCACUUUUGAUUCCUUCAGAGGAAACUGACAUAAAUGAUCUCAUCAUAGAAGUGACUGCUGGAAUUGGAGGACUGGAAGCAAUGUUGUUCACUGCUGAGAUGUUUGAUAUGUAUCAACGGUAUGCAGCAUAUAAAAAUUGGACUUUUGAUACGCUGACAUAUACUUCCAGUGUUAUCGGUGGUUUAAGACAUGCAUCUGCCAGUAUAAAAGGCCUUGAAGCAUAUGGACAAUUUAAGUUUGAAGGAGGAAUACAUCGUGUUCAGCGUGUGCCAAAGACGGAGAAGCAAGGCCGCAUUCAUACCAGCACAAUGACUGUAGCAAUACUACCACAGCCAAGUCAGAUAACUCUGACAAUUAAUCCUAAAGACUUACGUAUUGAAACUAAAAGAGCCAGUGGAGCUGGUGGCCAGCAUGUGAAUACUACUGAUAGUGCUGUACGAAUAGUCCAUAUUCCGUCAGGUAUAGUAUCUGAAUGUCAACAAGAAAGAUCUCAAAUUAAAAAUAAAGAAAAAGCUAUGCAGCUUCUUCAUGCUAAACUAUAUAGCAUCAAACUUGAAGAACAAACAGCAAAGAUACAUACUGCCAGAAAGAUUCAGAUUGGGACCAAAGGAAGAUCAGAGAAAAUCAGAACUUAUAAUUUUCCCCAGGAUCGGGUUACUGACCAUAGAAUAGGCAAGUCAGUACAUCACAUCGAAAGAUUCAUGCUGGGAGAAGAACUGCUAGAUGAAAUGAUAGAGUCACUAAGAAAAUACAGUGAAUAUGAGGUGUUAAUGGAAGUUAUUUCAGAAAACGAUGCAAGCAGACCAAAUUGACCUUCAUCAGAUCCCAGGCCAUAGGUAGGAAAGUGCUUUCCAAACUAGUUUGCUGCAUAUGUUUGCUUGCACAGAAUUGAUUUACAAUCCCAUAUAUCAAUUUAUUUUGGCACUGCUUAACACCCAAACAACAAAUGUUGAUUUCCUGUAACAAGGGGGUUGAAUGCACCCUACCCCAUGGCCUGGGAGAAUAGCCAGGUAUUUAAGGCUUUCCUAAAUGCAAUCAUGAUACGAGCUGUCCGUAGCUUAGGGAGACCUUAUUCCACAGAACAGGUGCCACAGCAGAGAAGCUAUGCUUCCCAGGUCCUGAAAAAUGACACUGAUCAAAGGGAUCUGGAGAAUGCCCAGUCUGUUGGCUCUUACCGAGUGGGCAGAAACCACAAGAAAUAGGCAGUCUCAGAUAACCAGCCCCAUGCCAUGUGGGCUUUUAUAGGUUAGGUGAUAACUAGCACCUUGAAUUGUAUCCAGAAGCAUACUUGCACCCUAGUACAACACAAGGAAGUCAAGUGGGCAAGGCUAAAAGUAUGCUGAGACUAAAUGGCUAAACUGACCUGGUUUCUAAUUUGUUUUUGAAGGAUUUUUAUGUGUAUAUUAAAUUUUUAUGCUGCCUAAUUCCUAGUGAUUCUGGAUGGCAUGAAAGCUUACUGCUGUUGUGAAAAAGCAUCAAUGCUUCAUGUAGAAACUGUUAAAUACACGUAUUUAUUUAAUUUAUACAGCUGCCCAUCGCAAUGAGUAACUCUUGCGACUCUAAUUCUGGUGAACAGAAUUAAAAUAGAACAAAAACAAGAGCAAACAUUAUAAAAAUUAAAAAUGCAGCCAAGAAACAAUAACCUAAAUCACUAACACAACCAAGAAGCUAAAUUCUAAAAACUGGGUUAUUAUAGCUUCCAUACUUGAAUAGGCAAUGGUGAAAAAUUGGAAAAUUGAGUAUAUGCCAGUUUUCAAGUACUUACAGUCAAUUGAAGUUGAAGUGUUUAUGUAUUUGUUUUAUUUCUAGGCAGUUCAUUGGCUCUAGGCAAGUAGCAGUAACACUAGUAAGCUUCCAAAUAGUAAACUAAAUAUAGUACCAAAAUUGUACAAAAAAUGAACAGACCUUGUCUGCCAAAUUAUACAUUUUCAAACACAGCAUACCCUCCUGUGCGUGAUGGAAAUAAGCAGAUUUUAACCAGGUCUUGACAUAAUUGUGUCUUUGCAAUGUUGCAUGAGUACAUAAAUGGCAAUUGUGGAAAUUGAUGGAUAUAAGUGAAUUAUCCAGCCUACUUUGGCUGUAUCAGGCAUAGUUCGGAUAUUAUUUUUGGAGAUGUCCACAUUCAAAUUUAAUCUGUUACAUUUGAAUUCUUUUAAAUAGGAUAAAUAAAUCAACACUUCUCAAUAUAAGAAAAUGCAAUGUAAUGUCAUUUCUCUGUAAAUGCUAAGAUGAAUAUUUUUAUUAUAUUUUCAGUUUUGCAAGUUGUUUGGGAUUUCCCAAAUAAAGCUAGCAUCUCUUGAUGUUCUAAAACUGCACUCAGUCAGCCUGAUUGAAAUUAUUUCCCUUAAUUAAGGAUUUACUCUUUGUUAAUAAUUAUAGGUGGGGUUCCUUAUCUUACAUACAAUAGAUGUUUGUCAGCAUUGCAUCAAAGAUGGGAGAAUCUAGGAUUUUACUGAUCUAGCAACUUUUUUAAAAAAAACAUUUUAAAAGUUUACUCCUGACUAGCAGCAACACUUUUUCUAAAUUCUUGAGGAAAAAAAGAAUUUCCAAAUUCCUUUUCCAUUUGAGAGGAAACUCUUUGAGGUGCUUUCUCAGCUUGAUUGUUUCUUGCAAACGUUUUAUUACCCAAACUAGGUAACAUCAUCCAGGCUAGUAAUGGAGUUUGCGCUCAGCUUUCCUUUUUCAUUUAGGUAAUCAUAUAAGGCAAGUCAAAGCAAUCAUCUAUGUUAAGAAAAGAGGAGUCUGUAUAAAUGAUAAGGAAUUUAUUUAUAUUUUGUAACAACUUUUACUUGAAAUAAAUUACAUUGAGAAUUGUCUUUAAGAAUCAGAUUUUUCUGAAUACUAAUAUCGUACUGAAUACUAGUAUACUAAAUACUAAAAGAGAAAAAUUUAUUUGACUAUGCAGCCUUCAUUCAGAGGCAGAUUCAGGUUCUCACCCAUGCUUCUAUUUGUUGUCUUAUUUUGUCUCCUGGUUUUACACAAAAAAUAAACAGGACAUGUUUAUGAUUAUUAUUGUUUAUGAUUAUUACAUGUUUAUUAUUACAUGUAAAUGAUGAAAAGAGAUCAAACUCUUCCCAGCAACUCUCUCCCAUUGGACACUUAACUGUAGAACUACCUACUAGAAAUAAAGGGGAUUGUAUCCCUUUACAUAUGCAUUAGCUUUCAGUUUAAAACUUGAAAUAGGAUGAAUAUAAAAAGUAGCUGCACCCCAGCACUGAAAAGGUCCCCAAAUUUCUUACAUAAGAUAAAUAGGGAAUGUAUGAUUUUAUUCUAAACAGUCUAAAAGUAUGUAGCAGAAAGUAAAUGAUGUGGGGGGGAAAAAAGCCUAGAUUUAGUUCCCAAGGAAAAAAAAAUCUGAUGACUAUAUCCACAAACAAAGACUUAAAUAGAUGUCCCAGUUCACUGUCUCCAAAACUUAUCCUGGACGGAAUAGAACUACCCUUUUAGUUCCAGCUUACAAAUUUAGUGCAGAAUACCAUAUUUCAGUAUAAGAAAAUGUAAUGUAAUUUCUAUGCAAAUGCUAAAAUGAGUAUUUUUCUUUAUUCUAUUGUUUUCAAAUUUGCAAGGUGUUUGGGGUUUUCCAAAUAAAGCUAACAUCUCUUGAUGUUUUAAAGCUGUAUUCAGUCAGCCUGAUUGAAAUGAUUUCCUUUAAUUAAGGAUUUCCUAUGGCAAAUAAAACUAGCAAAAUUCCCGACCCUAUUACAUGUAGAGAGUGUGGUGGCAUGGCAGCUUCCCCGGUACCUGGAUGAAGCUGUCUAUCUAGACCCAUUCCAGUCCGGCUUCCGGUCCGGAUAUAGUACAGAGACAGCUUUGGUCGCAUUGGUGGAUGACCUCUGGAGGGCCAGGGAUAGGGGUUGUUCUUCUGCCCUGGUCCUAUUAGAUCUCUCAGCGGCUUUUGAUACCAUCGACCAUGGUAUCCUGCUGCAUCGGUUGGAGAGUUUGGGAGUGGGAGGCACCGUUUAUCGGUGGUUCUCCUCCUAUCUCUCUGACCGGUCGCAGACGGUGUUGACAGGGGGGCAGAGAUCGACUGCGAGGUGCCUCACUUGUGGGGUGCCACAGGGGUCGAUCCUCUCGCCUCUCCUGUUCAACAUCUGUAUGAAGCCGCUGGGCGAGGUCAUCAAUGGCUUCGGGGUGAGAUACCAACUGUACGCUGACGACACGCAGCUGUACUUUUCCACCCCGGGCCACCCCAACGGACCACCCCAACGAAGCGCUAUCCCGGUGUCUGGAAGCCGUACGGGUCUGGAUGGGGAGAAACAGGUUCAAGCUUAAUCCCUCCAAGACGGAGUGGCUGUGGAUGCCGGCACCCCGGUACAGCCAGCUGCAACCACAGCUGACUGUUGGGGGCGAGUCAUUGGCCCCAAGGGAAAGGGUGCGCAACUUGGGUGUUCUCCUGGAUGGACGGCUAUCGUUUGAAGAUCAUUUGGCGGCCGUCUCCAGGAGAGCUUUUUACCAGGUGAGCUUGGUUCGCCAGUUGCGCCCCUUCCUUGACCGGGAUGCCUUAUGCACGGUCACUCACACUCUUGUCACCUCUCGCUUGGAUUAUUGCAAUGCUCUCUACAUGGGGCUCCCCUUGAAGUGCACUCGGAGGCUUCAGUUAGUUCAGAAUGCAGCUGCGCGGGUGAUUGAGGGAGCCACACGAGGCUCCCAUGUAACACCGCUCCAGCGCAGACUGCACUGGCUACCUGUGGCCUUUCGAGUGCGCUUUAAGGUUCUGGUUACCACCUUUAAAGCGCUCCAUGGCUUAGGGCCCAGGUACUUACGGGACUGCCUGCUGUUACCUUAUGCCUCCCACCGGCCCGUACGCUCACACAGAGAGGGUCUUCUCAGGGUGCCGUCCGCCAAGCAAUGUCGGCUGGCGGCCCCCAGGGGAAGAGCCUUCUCUGUGGGGGUUCCUACCCUCUGGAACGACCUCCUCCCUGGCUUGCAUCACUUGCCUGACCUUCGGACCUUUCGCCGUGAGCUGAAAACGCACUUAUUUAUCCAAGCGGGACUGGCUUAAAUUUUUUAAAUGUUAUUUUUACCCGGGGUUGUAAUUUUAUGAAUUUUAAGGGUUUUAAAUUUAAUUAUUUUAAAUUUCGGCCAUCUAUAGAAUAUGUUUUUUAAUUUCUUUGUUUUAAUUGUAUAUUGUAUUGUUUUUAUAAUUGGCUGUACACCGCCCUGAGUCCUUCGGGAGAAGGGCGGUAUAAAAAUCGAAUAAAAUAAAUAAAUAAAUAAAUAAAUGUAGCCUCUACUUAUGACCACAACUGAACCCAGCAUUUCUGUUGUUGAGACAUUUGCUCCAGUUUACAACCUUUCUUGCUUAAGUUGUUAAGUGAAUCCCUGUAGCUGAUAAGUUACUAACCUGGUUAAGUGAAUUUGGCUUCAUCACUGACCUUGUCAGGUCGCAAAAACAUGACCUUGGGACACAGCAACAUCAUAAAUAUGAAUCAGUUUGAUCAGCAUGUGAAUUUUGAUCACAUGAUCAUGGGGAUGCUACAAGGUUGUAACUGUGAAAAAUGGUCAUAGUAACUCUUUUCAAGUGAUGUUGUAACUUUGAACGGUCACUAAAUGAACUGUUGUAAAUUGAAGACUACCUAUAUUCUGCCACAGUUGAUGGUUUCACAGGUUGCUUAAAGAAUUCCAAACUUUGUCCCUCUUCCAGAAUCAAUAACUGAAGCCAUUUGUUUCUCUACAGAGCACCUAUCCUUAGGUCGUGCUUCCUGUGUACUACUUUUAAUAUUAAUGUAUCUUUAUAGAUAAAAGAAUGGAAUAGAUGUAUUAUUUAGGUUUUUAAAAACAUAAAAUACUUUCUUGUAUGA